AUGACUAUAUACAAUAGUACUACAUCGACAUUUUAUCGUUAUUAUCAUCAUCGAAUUGAAUCGAUUAAUGAACCAACAGCUAUAAAUGAUUUAACAUCAAUAGAUUAUGAUCCAAUUGGUGCUGCUUAUUUUAUUAUUAUUGUUCUAUUAUGGUAUUCCAUAAGUGUUAUUUUUAUGUUAGGAAUGCGAAUUCGUACUCGUAGUGAAAUAAUUGAAGAUUGUGUACAACGUCGAGUAAAAUUAUUUAUUAAAACACUUCGAGAUCAAACACAAACUAAACAAAUUCUUGAAGAACUUGUUGAUAAACAAAAACGUGAUAAACUUUGGAAUAUUUAUUUCGGUAAAACAUAUAAUAAAAAACAUAAAUUAAAACAUGCUGAAAUUCUUCGAAUAAAAAAUAUUAAAAAACAAUUAACUAUUAUUAAUCAUCAUCAUAUGAUUAUGAAUGAUACAUUUAUAUCUCCAAUUGUAAAUUCUUGUAUCUAUCGUCGAUCAUCAAAUUCUCGAUCAAAGUUUAUUUCAAAACUUUCAUCAAAUGUAAAUCAAAAAUGUAUUCGACGUUGUUCAUCAUUUGAUCGACAAAUAAUUCAACAUUGGAAAUCAAUUAUUGAUCAAAAUAAAGCACAUGAACAACAAAUACCAUGGACUAUUAAAAAAGUACUUAUACAUCGUUAUUUUCGACGAUAUUAUCAAAAUUCAUCAAUAAAUACACCUACAAUGGAAUCAUUAUUAGCUCAUCAACCUAUACAAACUAUUGAUGAUAAACAAAACCAUUUAUUAUCAUCAUAUACAAAAAUUAAUAAUAAUUCACAUCAAAUAAUAAGAAAAACAAAUGAACCAUUAAAUCCAUAUAUAACGUAUUUUCAUUUACCAAUAAAUGAAAACUUUAAAACAAAUAUUCAAAAUUUGUCACUUGUUAAUGUGAAAUUGAAUCAUCAUAUUAUUCAAAUGAGUCAUGAUGAAUCUCAAUGGUAA